UAAUGAGCUAUCAUGAAGAUCAAUCUAAAACAACAUCCAAUAAAAAAUUAUCCCUCAAUUAAAAAUUAAAAGAUGCCAAUCAAAUAAUUAUUGAUAAAUCUCUUGACAAUUCUAGAGUCCGAUAAAUUUACUAGUUAGAAUUCGAUUAAUCACUAUAUUCUGAUAUCCAAAUUUAUAAAAAAGAAUUAUCUAGCUAUCUAUUGAAUCCUGUCUGA